UGUGCCUCGAGCUGCAAAGCAUUGCGAGAGCUGAACUUGGUUGCAGCUGUAGAUUCGUGCAGUUGGAGCUGCCCCGCGACGCGUAAAGGCAAAAAGCAUCGAUGAGAGCCGCAAGCAUGCUUGGUAGGCGGUGGCUGAGCACCACACCCAGGCCGAUGACGACGCUCGUCAUCGCACUUGCGACGCAUGCAGCGGCGCUGACGUUGGCGAGGACGCCGCGUCGAGGUGCUACCCGGCUCGCGUCGACGCCGACCGACGUUUCUGUCCGUGACCAUCACCUCGGAGGAAUUAUGCUCGGACUCGAUCGCGUCGGAGGCUUUCUCGAAGCGAUUGCGGCGCUGGAGCCCAAGCGCGUCAAGAGCGAUAAAUUCCAGUAUCCCAAAUCAUUAUCCGACCCCGACUGGGACGGCAGCAUCUCGAUAAACACCUACACCGACUACAGUACGCUUUACGGCCCCUUCACCGUGCACUCGUACCACGAAGAGUGGGAUAGCGGAACAGACAUCUACGCCACCGACGCGGAAACCGGGAAGGACCUCAUGACCUAUAUUGUACAAUGUAUGAGGGCCUCGGGGCGCUACCGAGGUGAUGAGUUGUUCGGCACGCCCGACGACGACGGCGCGCGCGAGGACAGCGAGGGCCUCCGCGAAAUGGACGAGGUCGAGGCCGACUACGCCGGGUGCCUUGUCCGAGUUGGAAAUGCCGCGUCGACGGCCUCGAGGCGAGUGCUCCCACGCAGGCUUGGCACGUUCUAUCGCGGAAAUGUUGCGAGGGACCACGGCGACGAUACGUACGACAUCGUCUACUACAGGUAUGCUGACGGAGAGCGGGUCCGGGAGACGCGCGUCGCCGAGAGAUUGAUCCGAAAGCCAGGGGUGUAAUUAAUG